ACGACACUCCCCAAGGUACUGCACCUAUGUAGCCUCACAGCCUCACAGGCUUGCCAAGGUCACAACCUACAUCCUUCGAAAAUCCCCACGACGGAACGACAACCCUUGAAACGGGUCCCAAACAUGACAGAAGGCGCAUCCACAAGCAGCGACGAUGCCGCAGCCGCCAGGGCGGCAGAGCAAGCGCGGCUGCGCAAGGAACGCCGCGAGGCAAAGAUCAAGGCCGGGGGCGCCGCCCGUCUGAAUCGGAUCACCGGGCUCGGCGGCGGUAUCCAAAGAGACCCCGCGCCCAUGCCCUCCGAGGACGCAACGAGCGGCGGCGGCGGUGGCGCGCCGCGAGCGACGAACACCGAGCACGCCGACCCGGAGGAGGUGGACAUAUCGCAGCACUACUACGCCCCGCGGACGUCGGCGGCCCCGAGCCCCGGGGCGGCCCCCUUCGACCCGGCGGGCGUGUCGGAGGCCCAGCUGCGGCAGAUGAUGCUCGGGUUCGAGGCGCCCGGCGUAGGUGCGGGUCCGGGUAUGGGUAUGGGUAUGGGUAUGGGUCCGGGUGCCGCCGGCGCGGGCGAGGACCCGAUGAUGAAGCUCCUCCAGCAGAUGAUGGCCGGCGGGCCCGGCGGGCCAGGCGGUUUCCCGCCCCCGGGCGCCAGCCCGUUCGGCGGCCCGCAGCAGCAACAGCAGCAGGCCGUCGUGCCGGACCGGUACUCUGCACUCUGGCGGCUGCUGCACACGGCGGUCGCGCUGGGGCUGGGGCUCUACAUUGCGCUCUGGACGCCGUUUAGCGGGACGAAGCUGGAGAGGGACCACUCGGGGCUGCCGGCAGCGGCGUCGGCCGGCGAAAGGAAGGAUGGCGGCGGCGGCGGCAGCUGGGCGGACGGAGGAGCGCCCGAUCCGAGGUUCUUCUUCUGGGCGUUUGCGACGGCGGAGACGGUCCUGCUGACGACGAGGUUCUUCCUCGACCGCUCUAGGGCGCCGCCGGGCGGGGCGCUGUGGAGCCUCGCGGGGUUCCUGCCGGUACCGCUUAAGGGGUACUUGGAGACCGGGCUGAGGUAUGGGCAGAUGUUCAGCACGGUCAAGUCGGAUAUUCUGGUCUGCAUCUUUGUGCUGGGCGUGUGCGCCUAGGCUAGGGCGGUAUGAUGGUUUGGAUAAUGUGGUGCGAUGGCGUCUCACUUGCAGGUUGUUUCUCUCUUUUUUUUUGGCAAGCUCAUCAUAGUAAUACUGGAAUGGUUCAUACAAUUGAACACUAACCGCUUUCUUA